AAUAUCUGGUCGAAACUCCAUCACCGCUCCCCCCAUCACCCCCGAACCCUCCUCUGUCCUGCCCGCCAUGGUGUUCUGGAAGCUCUCGUCCCUGCUCCUGCUCUCGCUGCGCGCCCUCAGUGCCGCUGCCCAGAUCGAUGUUGAAUCGGUCGAGGAGCUCGACGACGACGCCGCGCAGACGCCCAACCUCAAGGUCGCCAUCUCCGCCUCCUUCCCGCAGUCCGAGAUCUUCGGCGUGAAGCUCAUCAACGGCCACGCGACCCAAGCCGUGCUCUCCGUCACCAACAAUGAGCCUGCGCCCCUCACCGUCGCCAUAGUCGGCGGCUCGUUGAUCUCCAGCGAGGGCCAAGUCCUGCGCAACCUCACCGCCCAGAAAUACAACGUCGAGAUCCCGGCCGGCGCAGAGGAAUCCCUGACCUAUGCUUUCGCCACCGAACUGCACCCGCAAGACCUGCGUUUGCAGCUCGUAGCCGUGUUGCAGGACCAGAAGGAGGCCUUCUAUACCCUGUCCGUGUACAACGAGACGGUCAGCGUUGUCGAAGCCCCCACCAGCUUCUUUGACCCGCAGAUCAUCUUCCUAUACCUCGUCCUCACCGCCGCGUUUGGUGGAACCCUCUACUUCAUCUACACCACCUGGAUCACCACCCUCUUCCCGCAGAAGCGUCGCGGCGGCAAGGGCGGCGAGCGCGCCAAGAGAUCUUCCGGUGGUUCUAAGAAGGUCGACCCGACUGAUCAGGCUUCCGUGGUUGGUGCCGAUGGCUCUGCCGUUACCUCCGGCGCAAAGUACGACGAGAGCUGGAUUCCAGCCGCCCAUCUUCAACGCCCAGAGGCCAAGCGCAUCCGCAGCGGUACGCCAAAGACCAAGCCAAAGGUCUAGAAAAUCAGGUUCCGAGCUGGGACAAAUCUUCAAGGCACGUUGGAGAUGAUCGUAGGUGAGAAAACGAUCACGUGGAAUAGAGGCUGCCUACUGGGCACUGAUAUGCUACUAUAUGCCUAGAGCAGGUUGGAUGGGAUAAGGGUAAGUUGGGUUUACAGGACGAAGACAAUUUUCUGGUCCUCGUUGGGACCUGUAUUUGCAUAGCGAAACACGGCGGGGGGGCCCAAGGGUAUGAUAAAAGUAGAUUUCAAAUCGCACCUGUAAAAGUCAUAUAUUAUUAGGG